AUGCGUUUUGAACGCACAGAUGCAGGAACUCGCGAAGAAAUCCAGGCAGGAGACGGGAAGAAAGCGGAGCAACAACGAGCUGAAUCCGAUCUGAGUCCAAGUUCUCCUUGUGAGUUGGAUGAUGAUGUAGAGUCCUUACGUGCAUUCACAUCUGAAAAUGUGGUGGAAGGAGUGGUUUGCUCCCUCCAUGCUCUUGGGAGCAUGGAACAUACUUCCAAGCAUUUACCACCAAGCAUGUCAGCAAGAUUCCGUAUUGGAGCAGCCAUUGCAGAAGAACUUAAGACUCUAGGAUAUCCAGGAGACAUUGGCUAUCAGACCCUCUUGUAUUCAUCUGAGAAUGAAUUGAGGAAGAUCUUCACAUUUCUGCUGGGAAAACUUUCAAAGGCUCAAGAAACAUCUGGACCAGUUGCUAAGUCAUCAGAGGACUGGUGGAGAAGUCGCUUGCAAAGAAAGCUUCAAGAGGACAUUAAGCGACCUUGGGUUCCAUACUAUUGCUAUAGAGAAAUUCCACAGUCCACACCAAUCCAGACUUCCCCUCUGUCUUGGCCUACAGUCAGCAAAUCCAGGCGAUGUUAUGGAUUUGAAGAGCAAGUACCAGAUCACCACACCAAAGUGCUCUUUGCAUCAAUCAUAUCAAGCAAUUCUUGUUGGCUUGUUGAAGAUAAAAUGCCCAAUGCAACUAAGAAGCCAAGGUUACAAACCCCAGCUGAUCUCCUGACAAGAGAGAUAGCAUCUGGUGGCAAAGAACUUGAGCACCUGAUGGAGAAAAUCAAACACCAACAAGGAGAAGAAAUAUCUUCUAAAAUAAUGGAUCUUAAACUUGAACAAAAGCCAAACAAUAAACUACAGGCAGUGGAGAAUGAGGUGUUGCAAGAGAGCCAUUCACCAAAAGAUGGAAGGCAGGUGGGAGAAGAAGAAGAAUUAGAAGCUCUAAAAGAAAUGGCUGAGAAGUUGAAGGCCCAAGUUCAGAAACUAGAAGCAGACACCAACAAAAUUCAAGCCAAAGUUGCUCAGGCAGAGGAGGUAAUAAAGUCACAAGAAGAGGAGAACAAGAAGGAGAAAGGCAAAUUGGACUUGUGUCAAAAGCUGGUGAGUGCAAUGGGAGGGCAGGAUGUGAUUCAAAUGAUCUGGGAAGGGGAGGCAAGACUUAAGUCUCUCCACUCUCAAUGGGAAGCACGUAGGGUCCCUCUUGAAGAGAAACAACAGCAGCUGAGGCAGCAGUCUUCAAUGAAAUUGUCAUCAAGGGAAAACUGCUUAGAUGAACUAGAGAAUCUGAAGGAGCUAGAGAGAAAUCUCAUCCAGGAUUCAGUGGUCAAGGAUCAUCAGGCUAAAAAUUUACAAGUUGAAAUGGCCAAGAUAAGUCGUGACAUCAACAGGUCUCAGUACACCAAGCGUAUCCUGGAGAUCGUGGCCAGCAUCAAGAAGCAAGAGGAGGAGAUCUUGAAGGUCCUUGAUGACACCAAGAUGGUUCAAAAGGAUAUAAAUCGACUUCAGGGGACAUUGGAACGCUCUUUUGCUGUGGCCGAUGAACUCAUCUUUCGCGAUGCCAAGAAGGAUGAGAGUGUAAGGAAAGCAUACAAGCACUUGGCUGCUCUGCAUGAAUGCUGUGAUCAACUCAUCUCCACCGUCCAAGAAAUUGGCAAUGUUAUGAGAGAAAUUCGAGACCUAGAAGACCAGAUGGAGCAAGAGUCUGAGCACAAUUGGGAAGAACGUCUGGAGACCAUCACGAAUGAUCUCAAACAGAUCAAAGCAGAGAAUGCCACCCUUCAGUCCAAACCAAAACAGUCUACAUGACAUUAUUUAGAGCAUAGCUUGGUCAUGUGUGAUACUUUUGACACUUGCUGCUGAGUUCCAGCUUGGCUUCUAAUUAGUUUAGCACAAGUCAGCAAGUCAUAAGAGUUAAUCUUUACCAUAUGAAAACCAUAUGAGUGGGAAGACUCUCGUCAUUGCUGUUGGUUUGAGCCAACAAUGUUUUCCCAACAAAAAACAUAUUGUUCAGAUUCCAUAUUUUGGCUAAAAGUCCAGAUCACAAAACCAUGAUGAGAUUUACCUCAUCAUUAAUGAUUCACCCUUUGGUGUUGCAAAAUAAGACAUAUCCUCUUGCAUCUUGUGUCCAGAUUCUGGACAUUAGGAUUAUGAUGUGUUUUUCAAUAUUUAUUCAUUUGGAGGAGAAAAACCAGUUUUCAAUAAGUAUGGACAUCCAAAGGAAGAUGAACCACUGGCAUUAAAUUUGAAUAAACCAUUCAAAGUGGUGCAGCCAAUAUUUAAAAAAAAAUUAUAUUAAUGGGAAAAUGCUUGGGAUUGAAGAGGAUUCGCUGUUGCUUUCUAGUUAGAAUUGUUACAGCAAGAGAUCAUCCAGUUUUGAAACCAAAAAUUUGUAAUACUAGACACUUUGGAAUUCCUUUGGACUCUGUCAACCGGGACUGCACUUUCAUUGAAAUUUUCAAUGUCUAUGUGUCUUCCAUUUCUUCUGAAACUUUUCCCUCUGUGAUGAGACAAAUAUUAGUGCCAUUCCAAUGGUAUGUGCCUUGAGUGUUUACCAUAAAUUCCAAAUGUCAAUUCUUCCUUGAUCUCUGUGCCCGAGUGCUUUCUAAGAGAAAGCUAGUCCAACUUAUUGUGGAAUUGAAUUGAUGAGGAGCUGCUUUUUGAUUACUCUGCUCAUUGAUCAUGAAGAAUCUCCCAAGCUUCAUGAAUGAGCACUGCCUCAUUGUGCUCUUUUUUUCUGUUCUUCAUUCCAUCGUUCUACCAUCUCGUGAGUAUUGUAGCUUCAAUUAUUUCCAUUGACCUUUGGAAACAGGCAGAUGUUCCUCUCACGAGUGGCAAUUCAGAAGAACAUUAUGAAACAUGCCAUUUGCCACUUCCCAUGGAUUAAGUAAUGAACUUCCAGGAAAAUACUUGGCACCUACUGGAAACUUCAUCUAGUUUCAUGACUCACCCACCUUGUAUUUCUUCAGAACUGGGGCUGCAAAAUGGUCAGAAUCGAAACCAAGGAAAUGGUUUCCAAGUCCUUGAUUGAUAAGUGGUUAUGUCUCAACAGGUGAAAGGUGAGGACUGUAAAAAAAAAAAAAAAAA